AUGGCGUUCCGACGACUACCCGUUUCGACUUGCGUAAUAGAAGUAGAACGUAAGUUUCACUCUCUCGCAGUCCGUGAGCUGACUCAACAUGGCGGACUUCCUCAUUUCAAGAAUCUAUGGAAACUUCCUGACCAGAUAAUUCGCGACUCUUAUUACGACAAGUCCAACAUUCUCUCUUCGGCCGGGGUAUGGAUAAGAAACAGGGACGGAGAGUGGCAGGCAAAAAUAAAAAAAGGGGGGGAUUUCAACAACUCGAGAUUCGAGGAGCUCAGCAGCAUUGGCGAUAUCGCGGCAUUCGUUAAACGAGCUACUGGCAUCGAUGGGAGGGAAACCAUAAACUUUGGCCUGCAGCCCACCGCUACUUUUUCCACCACACGCGAAACCUGGGUAGCGGAUGACGAGUUCCAUGUUGUCCUCGACACAAUGGAUUUUGGUCACCAGGUCGGCGAAAUCGAGCUGCAGAAGACUUUGGCUGGCGAGAAUGGGGGUGCACCAACCGAGCGGCAAAAGCAACAAGAGAUGCAAAUCAUGGACGGCCGGAUUGUCGCUUUCAUGAAGAUGUACGCAUGGGCGUUUUCUCCCGGUGAGCCAAAAGGAAAACUGACGGCUUACUUUGAACGAUUGAGGUCUCGGGUGUAG